ACUGUUAAGUGUUAACUGUUAAGCCGUCUUGACUAGACCGCCUGGCUGUGGUUUUGUGAAAUUGUGAAUUGUAAAUUGUGAUGUUGUCAUUGUUUUCUUGUAACUCGUAUGUUUUUUAAAACAUAUUUAUUGUCAAGCAUUGUAAUGCGGUGGUAGAACGAUAGAUAGAUGAUAGAUAAAAAUAAUUUAAUUAAUAUAUAUUAAUUCAACAAUGUCUACCGAUAUAAUUGAGUUGGAUUCGUCUGAUGAUGAAAUGGAACCGGUGCCGAAAAAGAAAAAGGUAAUACCAAAUGCUAUGGUUAAAAUUCCUUCUCACACAAAAUUACCAGGCGUAACUAUUAAACCUGUCAAAUCCAAGAAAGUUAUACCGAUUUUUGGGGUAAAAAAAACAGUUCCAAUCCCUAGAAUCAGUAUUAAUCCAUUACAUGCUAAACAUGGGAAUUCUAGAAAUUCACUUCUAAAAGCAAACCUCAAAAAAUUUAGUACUGCUUCAGAAUCUUUUCCAAUUAUAACCAAUGUUAGUUCUUGUAAUACAAUGGGGUCAAAAUUGUUGAGAAAAUUACCAUCAAGCAUUACUGUUAAAAAAGCAACAGCAUCUAGAACUGUAAGCAUACCUAUACAAAAGGCCAAAUUAGCACAGGAAAUAGUGCUACCAGCUGAAAUUCAUGAUAAACCUAUAUUAUUAGCCAAACCACUACCACAGUGGUAUAAAAAACCUGAAGAUUUAGAAUCUGAAACACAUUUGCAGGUAAAAGAAAUGAAUGAGAUAGAUUUGAUUUCUAUGGAAGAGAAAAAUAACAUAGAACCUAAGAAACUUAUAGAAAUAACUAUUGAUGAUAGCCCAGUAAAACUUCCUACAAUCAAACAAACAGAAGAUGUCGCGAUAAUGAUUGAUGAUAGCCCUGCUAAAGCUGCCUCAAGUAUGAAACAUGACUUAAAGCAGCAAAAAGAAAAACAAAGUAAAAAGAUGUUGAACUAUGAUAAUAUUAAAAUAGUGAAAGACAUUACAGGUAUGAUAGAAGUUGAAGUAGAUGCCAUUGAUGUUGACCAAUUAAGUAAUGAACCAAGUGGGUCACAGUCAAACAAACAAACAGAUAAAUCACAAGUAUCUGAGAAACAAAGAGUUAAAAAACCUGCCAAUGAGGAUGGUGAAUUUAAUCCAAUAUAUCAAAAAUUUAUAGAUACUUGUCUCCAUAUUGAGAAUUCUAAUGAUAUGCAGUAUAUUGUUGAAAAAAAAAUCAAGUCUUAUUAUAGGCAGUGUCCCAAAGAAUAUGUAGACUCUGAAGAGUUUUUAGAUUUAGUAUCUGGUAAAAUUAUAGCUAUAGAAGCAUCUCCAAACAAAAUGUAUCUUUACAUUAGAGAUGUUGUAAAUCAGUUAAAUAUACAAAGAAAAAUGGUCAAGCCAGGAACUUCAUCAAAAGAGGAAACAUCUGCUGAAUACCCAGGCAUAGAUGUAAGUGAAUGUGAUACAAAACAUCAGAGACAUAUUAAGAAACUUGAGAAGACAUUAACAAAAUUACACAGGGCUAUUCAAAAGAUGGAAGAACAAGAUGUUGACUUUGAUGAGGAAGAUGACUCAAUAUACUUACUAACAGAGAGAUAUAAAGAGAGAUUCCUUCGUGUUCAUGCAAAGUUCUGUCAAUUAACACAAACUAAGAUGCCGUCUGAGCCAUAUAUUAAGCUGGAAACUGAGGCUGGCCGGCCAAAAGGACCAGCAGCACGACUUGAGAAAUGGAUUAAUAAGAAAGUGCCCAUUGGCAAACCACUACCUUUCCCUGAUUUUCAUGAUGUACUACGAUGCGUGAGAGAGGCAAAUGCUGAAGAUAAGUUGGGCUGGAGCGAAAUGGAAAUUUUAGAAGAAGCACGCGAACUAUUCAUAUCUUGUGGGAAAAAACUAAAGAGACGAAGACAAGAAAAUGAAUGGAGAAUAGCUGCGUCAAGGUUGCCUGUUAAUGAAGAUCCUGCCGAAAAUAAUAUCGAGCUUAAGAAGAAAUUAGAAGAAAAUAAAUUGCUGGCAAAACGUAAUGAAACAUAUAUUCUAAACAAAUAUGUUGAUAGGCAGAAUCUGCUUAAUUUGGAACCUGAAGUAAUUGGCGAUAAAGAAGCAGAAGAGUCCCCACUUGAAAGUGAUGAGGAGGAUGAUAAUGAAAGCAAUGCUUUACCAAUUAAGAAAAAGAAUAAAAUUACGAUGGAAGAACCGAAUAUUGAGGCUAAUACUUCAGUAUUAGAUCCAUCUAAUAAAGAUGAAUCUAAUCUGUUGAAAAAAAUGUAUUCGGAAUCCGAUUCGGACUCGCCAAUUAACCUCACUGAUUCUGACAAUGAACCAAAUUCCCCUAAAGUGAUUAACAGUGAUGUGAUCAGUAUUGAAGACUCAACUUACUCAGAAUCAGAAAAUUGUGAAGACAGGCCCGAUGAGUCUAACAUGUAUCCUGUUCAAAUGGAUAUUGAGAUAAGUGAAGAUUCGAUUCAUAGAGACGACGAAAGUAACGAUAAAGAGUAUCUCACCGUUCACAUAACUGAAGAUAUUCAAGAGCUAUUAACAAGUAAGGGUGAAAUUGAAAAAAAGAUGAGUCUAGUAAGUUCAAAAGAAAGCUCAAAUAAAGUAGAUGAAAUUAAUAAUGAUGUUAUUGAAAUUAUAAAUGAUAAUUCCAAUCAUGGAACUGAAAGAAAUGUAACUGUAGAGAUCAACAACGUUGAACCUGUUUCAACAGAUAAACCUAUUGGAAAGCUGUAUUCGUAUGACACCGAGACGAUGGUUCAAAAUACUGAUAAGUUAAAUUACGCUCAAGUUAAAGUAAAACAAACCCAAAAAUGUGAGGAAAGUAUAACACCUGAAUCUAUGAUUAGACAAGUUAAGGAUGAUUCAAACAAUGUCAAUGUAACUAGUACUAAUCAGCUCAUUGGUAAAGAGAAGUGUAAUACUGAAAUGAAAAAGACAGAUAUAGAUAUGGACGUGGAAAUGGGAGCCAAUGAUGUUGCAACCACGGACAAACCUUUUAAUAUUGCUAAGAAUAAUGUCGAAGUGGAAUUGACAAAAGAAAAUAUAGAUAUAGAAAUAAAUGACGCUGACAUUAUUCCCAAGAGCAGUAAAGCUCUACAGAUUGAAACAGUAAAGAUAACUAAUAUUGAAACGAAAGAAGGUAUAUCGCUGGAUACAGAGAAGAGUAAUUUAAAACUUGAAAGACCAAGUAGACAUACUGAUUUAGAAAUAACUGAAUCUGAUACAAGGACAGAUAGAGAUAGAGAAAUUGUAGACGAAGACAACAUUGAAAUGACGAUUGAACAUAAAGAUGUAAAUAUGAAAGAAAAAGAUAUUAUAUUAACAAGUCAUCAAGUUGAUAAAGAAAUAAAUGAAAAAUUUACAGAUAAAUCUGUUCAUGCAGAAAAGGACUAUACUACGGAAAUUGAAAAAACUGAUUUAGGUACGGAUGUAAAUGUUUUGAAAAAUUUUGAUGAUGCAGCGUCAGAUAACACUGUCGACUUAGAUAAGAUGAAUUGUAAUGGCGACGUUGAUAUGGGAAAUAUACAGUCUGACGUGCCUUUAAAUAAAGAAAAAAAUGAUCUAACAGGGACUGUAGUUAAAAGCAAUGUCGAAACUACGUUACUUAAAGAUUGUUCGGAUGUGGAAUUAAAUAGCACUGAAACUGAAAAAAGAUAUAAUUACACAAAUGAUCCAACAAUCAAAGCUGACAAUAUUCUGUCUAAUGAUGAAAAUUCAACUAUCAUUUCAGACAUAUGCACUAAAAUUAUUGAAAACGUCGAAAAUGUUACAAACAUAGAUCACGACCAUAAAAAUGUUACCAGUAAUGUGGUUGAUUCCUUGAAUGAUUACACGAUAAAUGCAGUAGAAGUUCCAAUGAAUACUGAGAAAGACCAGAGAGAUAACUUUAACAAAAAGGAAUCUGAAGCUGUCCCAAAACCUAUUGACGAUUGUGGGAAUUUAGAAAACAAUAUUUUGACUGUCGAAAAUUGUUCACAACGCAUUACAGAAGUCAAUGAUACAAUAGAUAAAAAACAUGAUAAUCCCAAAAUUUUGGAAGCCAUUUCUGAUUUUAAUUAUCUGGGUUCUGAAGUUGUCCCAAAACCUAUCGACGAUUGUGGGAAUUUAGAAAACAAUAUUUUGACUGUCGAAAAUUGUUCACAACGCAUUACAGAAGUCAAUGAUACAAUAGAUAAAAAACAUGAUAAUCCCAAAAUUUUGGAAGCCAUUUCUGAUUUUAAUUAUCUGGGUUCUGAAGUUGUCCCAAAACCUAUCGACGAUUGUGGGAAUUUAGAAAACAAUAUUUUGACUGUCGAAAAUUAUUCAAAACACAUUACAGAAGUCAAUAAUACAAUAGCUAAAAAUCAUGACAAUUCCAAAACUUUGGAAGCCAUUUCUGAUAAUUAAAAAUUAUUAUAAAACUGAGACUGAUCGAUGAUUGAUGAAAUAGAAGUUGAUAGCACUCAAUAAAUAUUGUAUAUAGAUAUAUUUUUAUUAAAUUACGCCUGUAUGGAUGUUACGUAUUACAAUUUAAUGUAUGCUAAUUAACCUCUUUAAUUUGUGACUUCAUCACAAUUAACCCAAUAUUUGUAUAUCGAAUUACAGGUAAGUUGUUUUUCAAUAUAAUAUUUAAAAUUGUCUGUAUUUAUUUUUUGGUAAAUCUUCUAUAAACACCCCACAUUUUUUUAAACAUGACCAAUGUCACUUAUAGUCUCCGGCACGUUAGAUGGCAAGGUUUUGGCGUAGUGGGGGCAAGUUCGCGCAUCGUACACUUAGUGGAACAAAAACUGUUCACUCUUAUUGAUUGUCAUUAUGGUUAUUGCCAUCAUUUAUUUUUAAUCUUGUAUAUAAACAAAGCAGAGGAAUUCGUGACAUUUAUUAGGUGUUAUAAAUAAAACAUAAUAUGCAUUUUUUAAUUAAGUAAAAAAAAUAUUAUUAUUAAAAAU